AUGCAGAAGCCCGCCUACCCGGGCUUCCAAUUGUCUCGGCCACCAGCACGACUAGCUACAGAACUCUACAAUCUUUCUACUCUCGUUCAGACGCCGACGCGUAGCGUGGAAGGACGAAAACACACGCCGUGGGCCAUAGAUCCGCAAGUCUUUCAAGAUAUCCAUGUACUAUCAUUCCGAGCCUCCGUCUUCAACGCCCGACUCUUCCUCUUCCAAGCAGAAGCCCCCACUGUCCCCAUCGUUCCGGUAAAGCUGACCAGCGCGAUCAUGGUCUCUGCAGGCAGCAUGCCAGUGCGCUGCGGUGUGCUUUUCCAUGAGCCAGGCAAGUUGAUCUUCUUACUCUCGCAAGCAUACGAAUACACGUUCGUCCUCCUCUCAGGAUGCGAAAGUGGCGGCGUCGCCCCGGAAUUCCACUACGAUGAAGAGCACUUCCCGACUAGGCCUUGGUCGAUUCUCAACGUCAUGCUCAUUCUCAGGUACGCUGGCGAAGCACAGCGCAUGGCGAUUGAACAGAUGCACGAGGAUGCUUGGGAGCUUGCAUGUCCGAAAAAGGAGGACGUUCUGGUGUAUUGA